AUGAGUACCGUCACACAGACCACAUUAUUAAUCAUUUUUAGCGUGGAGUUUGCCACAGGAAUUUUAGGAAAUACAUUCAUGGCACUGGUGAACAUCAUGGACUGGGUGAAGAAAGGCAAGAUCUCUGCUGUGGAUCAGAUCGUUACUGCUCUGGCCAUUUCCAGAUUUGCUUUUCUAUUGUUGCUACUCAUAAUUUUCUUGAUAUCUGAUCUGUACCCAGCUCUAACAACAACUGAGAAAAUGAUCAGAAUAACUAAUGCUUCCUGGAUACUGACCAAUCACUUUAGUAUCUGGCUUGCUACAUGUCUCAGCAUUUUUUAUUUUCUCAAGAUAGCUAAUUUCUCAAGCUCCCUUAUACUUUACCUAAAGUGGAGAGUUAAAACUGUGGUUUUAGUGACACUCUCAGUGUCUCUGAUCAUCCUGUUUGUAAAUGUUGUAGUUAUAAACACACACAUAGGUGUCUGGAUUGGUCAAUGUAAGUCGAAUACAUCCCACAGUUCUAUCGCAAGUAAUGUUGCACAGCUUUCUAAACUUGUUUUCCUCACCAACACUAUGUUCACACUCAUACCCUUCACUGUGUCCUUGAUCAUUUUCAUCUUGCUUAUCUUCUCCCUGUGGAGACAUUUGAAGAACAUUCAAAACUACUCCAAAUGUUCCAAAGACAUUAGCAUCACAGCCCACAUAAAGACUCUCGAAACGGUGGUUGCUUUCCUUUUGCUAUAUACUGUUUUCUUUGUGGCACUUGCUUUUCAGUCUUGGAAAAGUAAAACUCAUCAUAGAAAUCCAUCUAAUUUGAUUUUAUUGGAUGCUGGACUUGUCUUUCCCUCAGGCCAUUCAUGUGUCUUGAUUCUGGGAAACAGUAAGCUGAGACAAGCAUUUCUUUCCAUGAUGUUGUGGAUGAGGUGCAGGCUAAAGGAUGCAGAAGUUCUUGACUUCUUAGAACAUAUAAGAGAUUGUCUUCCAUAUUCUAGAGGAUGA